GCACAAGUGAGUUUUUAUUGUUCGACGUCGGAUAUGAAAGAUACGGGCAUGACGACAAUCAUGCUCUUCGGAAGAUGCUGGUUGGCAAAAUGCAAUACAUGUAGGCCUACUGCUUUGAUUUACGAGGUCUAUUAUCUCAGUGUGUUUCACAGUAGCUGCAAAGAUGGCGGGUGAAUUCUUAGGUAUGAUCAUUCUUUUGGGGGUUAUCCUCCAACCUUACGACGUGUUCGCUGGUAGUAUCCUCAUGUCAGCCGGGGUUGACCAAACGCACUAUAUUUUCAGCGCCAAAAUCGGGCGGGAGUUGGUCCGAAGGGGACACCAUGUCACCUUUCUCUUGAGUAGCUCCUAUAUCCAUCGUCUCAAUGGUAGCGAUGCAGACUGGUUUGACUAUCAAGUCUUUAAUUCUCCGUACACUCCUCAAGACGUGAAGAAGAUGACGGAUAACUUUGCUCAGGAAUCGCUCAACAACACCUACCAGAGUCAGGAAGGGUACUUGAAGCUUCUUGGCCGAAGACUUCUGGGUUUGAAAUCCGAAGAGGAGAAACGAGAGGAACUGAAACCCACCAAACCCAUGUCCAAGUAUCUGUCAUUCGAGUGCAACAUUCUCCUUGGCGAUGAGAAGCUGAUGGAGACGUUGAAAGGCAGGAAUUUUGAUCUGAUGACUUUUGACCUCAUCAACCCUUGCAUGACUCUAGUUGCUCAGAAGUUAUCCCUGCGGUACGUUAUCAUCACGGCGGCCUCUUUGACACCGGGCCUGCACGACCGUUGGUAUGAUAUUCCCACCAAUCCGGCUCUCGUGCCGCUCUACAUGUCCGGAUUCACAGACUCCAUGACCUUCUGGCAACGGUUCCGGAACGCUUUUACGUGGCUGGGCAUGUCUUCUUUCAUGGAUCGGCUUAUGCUGGGUCCCUACGAUGCGCUGAAGAUACAGCACAACAUUCGAACCGACCUGAACAUGAGGGAAACGAUACGCAAUGCGGAGUUUUGGUUAUUUCACACCCAUUUCGCUAUGGACUACCCAAGGGCGGUAACGCCCAAUGCAAUCAUGGUAGGCGGGUUGUCAGCCGACGAACCCAAACCACUUGAUAAGGAGCUGGAAGACUUCUUUGAAGGAUCUGGGAAACAUGGCAUUGUCAUCUUCUCACUAGGCUCUGUAGUCAACGUCAUGAGUGAUGAAAUGAAAGCAAUGAUAGCUGGUGCCCUGGCGAGGCUUCCACAGAGGGUUCUUUGGAGGUUUCCAGGGGAACCACCCAGGAAUCUCGGUCAGAACACCAAGUUGGUGUCAUGGUUACCACAGAAUGAUGUUCUGGGUCAUCCAAAGACAAAGGUGUUGAUUUACCAUGGGGGUAUCAACGGCAUGCUAGAGGCUAUGUACCACGGGGUCCCUGUUGUGACCAUACCGCUCUUUGGUGAGCACUUUGAAUGUGCCAAUCGACUCCAAACUCGAGGAAUGGCAGAGACAAUCAAUCUGCCCGAAUUAACCGAAGACAAGCUACAUCGCACAGUUGUCCAGGUUCUGAGCAACGAGAGUUACGCAGCCAACGCUAAACGCGUUUCAGCCAUCAUGAAGCACAACGUGGCACCCCCGGUCGAAGUGGCUGGUCAUUGGGUAGAACAUGCCCUUCUAUACGGGGGUGCCUACCUUAGAUCUACAGCGGGUUCAUUAACCACAGUGCAAUAUUAUAUGUUGGACGUCAUCUUUGUUGGUAUUGUCAUGGCGGUUUCAUUGUUUGUAGUAACUGUUUGGGUAUACUGGUUGCUGUGCUGCAAGAUCGACAUGUCUGACAACAAAAUGAAAACUUCUUAAAAUACCGAUGAUGUAUUACCACGUAGGCCUAUAUAGGCUAUGACUCAGUUAAGUUAAAAAAGCAAAUUGCUUGUCUGAAAAGAGUAGUUUAAAGAGAUUUUUAGUUGGUAUUUUAGAUUAGUUUUGAGUAUACAUCUGGUUUCAAAAUUUGUCAAUACCGUGGUGUUCAUUUUUUCUUUUCUUUCUUUUAUUCUGUCUUGUAAUUUUGGUAAAUACUUUUAGCACCAGUGUUUGGAUUCGAUAAUCCGUGUGGCUGAGAGCAAAGAUGCUAGAUAGUGGCCGAAUAAUGGCAUUACUAGCUACUGACUGCGUAGCCGACUCUUUGCACAUACAUGUAUGUAUUAAAGUCAUCCAUAUGCUUCCA